AUGUUUGCGAGGGACUUCUGCUGCUCCUGCUCGUUCCCUUGGACAUGGGAGGAGAACAAGCGGUUCGAGUUGUACUUGGCCAAGUUCCCGGACGACACGCCGGACCGGUGGCACACCAUGGCAAGCUUCAUGCAGGGAAGAACGCCGUUGGAGCUGAAGCUCUGGUACGAAAAACUCUUGCUCGACGUCGCCGAGAUUGAGUCCGGCCGAGUCGAGCCGCCGUGGCCACAGCGGGAAAGCAAUGAAGAAGACGAUGUUCUUGUUGAAGAGGCCUCGCCGACUUCUAGCACAGGAGCCAAGUCCGAGCCGGAGAGGAAGAAGGGAGUCCCUUGGACGGAAGAAGAACACAGGCUGUUUCUGAUUGGACUGGAGAAGUAUGGGAAGGGAGAUUGGCGAAGCAUUUCGCGAAAUGCAGUGAUCUCGAGGACGCCGACACAGGUGGCUAGCCACGCUCAGAAGUACUUCAUUCGCCAGGGUGCAUCAAAGAAGGAACGGAAGCGCGCGAGCAUUCACGACAUUACAACAGCGAAUCUUGAAGAACCAGCAAGAAUAACUACUGACCAAUCUAUGAUUCUUGGUGGCUGA